UUUUCCCAUCUGGUCUCACUCAAACCGACAUUUCCAGGUGAAAGGAAAAAAAUGAAGCGAGCUCGUCGUCCAAAUAUGGGAAUCAACAAGAAUUUCGUGGCUGGAGGAGUCUACAAUCCCAAUGCCACUCCCAAACCAUUGGUCCAGCCGGCGCUGGGUCCUAAUGGUCAAGAGCAGCCGCAGCAGCUGGCUCCGCCGCCGGUUUCCAGUCCAGCUCCGGCCACGGUCACGCCCACGGCCCCGGCCGCUGCCCCAGCUCCAGCUUCUGUUCCAGUUCCAUCGGCAGUUGCCGAGCCCAUUGUUCCCCAGCUGCCCAAGCCGAUCAUUGUCAAGGUGGAGCCCACAGAGGAACCCGUCGAGCCGAUUUCCAUUGAUCUGAGCGAAGACAAUGGCAGUACUAGCACUGGCGGCAAGAUACCCUUUAAGAAGAUCUUCCAGAAGCGCAAGAAGUCUUCGGAGCGGACCCGGGACAAGAAGCAGCGCCAGAAUCGGCAGCUGCGCAAGUCAAUGCUACCGAAGAACGCCUUGAUGGCUCUCAACGAGGUGAAGGGCGUGACUAUCAGUGACUUCACCAUCGACAGCAAUCCUGAUGGUGGCUUUACCGCCGUGGUUACCGUCAAUUCGAAUCAGUACGAGGGCAAGGGCCUCUCCAAGAUGUCCGCCAAGAAUGCAGCCUGUGAGAAGGCCUGGCGUGACUUUAUCAUUGCCAAAAUGACACCGAAGAAGGCCAAGCUGCCGCCGGCAAGUAGCAGUGAUGCCAACGGCGUUGAGCCCAUGGACACGAACGAGGAUGAGUCGGAGUCACCGGAGGAUGAUCUACCUAUGCUGAAUUUGGCUUCGUUUGCCAUUUACAAAUUGUUUUCUGAAUGGGAGCGCGACGGUUAUAUCGUUCCCGAGAUGCAUCCGUCGGCGGCAAGUACAUCUGUGCCAGCUGCUGGUGGCGAUGCUGCCGCACCGCCGGCACCCGUGCCGCCUAAAGAGAAGAAGCCGCCAGUGCGAGCCGAGUUGCCUAACGGCUGGGAGAGUCUGCAUCCAGCCACCAUUCUUUGCAUUAUGCGUCCCGGUGUCACCUACGUGGACUACGGCACCUCCGGCGACAAGCCGAACGUAAUGCAACACCUUGGCAUUGUGGUGGACGACCAGGAGUUCACCGCCAGCGGCCGUUCGAAGAAGAUCGCUCGUCGCAACGUGGCCGUUAGUGUUUGCAACACGCUGUUUGGCACCAACUUUUCGUUCGAAAACCCUACAGCUUAGGCCCUGCUUGACAAUUAUGACACUUACUUGACUCUAGACCUAGCUUAAUUUAAUUAAUUUAAUAUUAUUUUUUGUCUUAAAUUUUGAUUAAAUGUGUAUUUGUAUUCCAAUUGUGUUCAAGUUUUACAUUGAUCAUAGGAACCCCUUGUUUCAAAAGGCUGCAAAACGCGCAAUAAUCAUAUUUUACGUUAUACACAGAUUUUGACUAUUAAACACUAUAAUUUAUACAUUUAUUCCGACAUGAAUCGAAUGUGAUUCGAAUAACUGACACAAAAACGAAAUUAUUUGUCAAUUUUACAACAACAAAAAAGCUGAGGUGUAUUUAUUUAAGAUAUUAAUAAAAUGUAUUUAAACAAUA